AGUAGUAGGAAGACAAUUCAGACCGCCGGCGAGACUCACGGGAGACAAUCACUGCCGGUUCCUAGCGAGCCUGCACCCUGGCGACUGUAAACUUCCCCACCGCCCGCCCCGCGCGGUCGGGCUUGCCUAAGGCCGGGGCCGAGGACGGCGCAGGUGGCUGGGCACCGGGCAGGCCGAAGUCCUCUCGCAGCGGGGGAACAACAAAUCAUUUCACCUUCAAGCCAUCUUAGACUAAAAAAUUUUCAACUGUGCUGCAAAAGCUAACAGACAGACAAUUUUUCCUUCCCUCUUGUUUGAAAGGAAUUAAAGAAAUAAAAUGGCAGAGGUUUAAGGUUAAUAUUCAGAAUGAAUGAUGAUAAUUUAGAUGAUAAAACAGAAGAUGAAUCACAUUCCUUAUUUAUCAGUGAUAAAAAUGGAAACACAUAUGCAUACAACCAAACAUCACCAUCUACACAAAACUUCUCCACCAGUCAUGUGAACUGGAGUUCUACUGACCCAGAUAACAUGGUCAUUGAUUAUGAAGUGGACCUUGCUGUAGACAGUGAUGAAAGUAUUUCUUUGAACCCUCAGUGUGUUGAAGUACUGGAUCACCAAAAGUCUUCAAGUGAUUUCAUUAGUCAGCAGAUGUUAGAGAUGCAUAAAGACCCUGCAUGUCAGUCUUCUGCAUUUGUAAAUACUGAGGAGCCUGAGUAUUUGCAUAGCAAUUGCCAUUCCCUGGAAGCAGCUCAGGACCAGAAUGUUGAGCCUUCUCUGCCUUUUGUGUGGAAGCCUAAUGCUGAUUUGAACUAUAGAGACUCUCCUGCUACCUUGGAGUUAAACCAGACAUUUGACCUGAAAGUGGACAAAGUAAACUGCACCUUUAUGACACAUCAUGUCUUUGAAAACAGUCAGUCUUUGCAUACCUGUGGUGAUCUAAAACCUCCCAGUGUGAGAAGUGGAAAUACACCUUUAUCCUGUUCCACCUGGAAAUCAUCCGAUUCUGAUAAGAUGCAUGUGAGAGAAAUUAGUUAUAAUAGAGAAAACUUUGAAAACCCUCAAGCCACAGCAUCAGAGACACACGACACAAUGUACACAGCAUUUUCUGAUGAUGUAAUGCAUACUGAUGCUCUAGAUAGUGGAAAUCAAUGUCAUUAUUCUUCAGGAAAGGUCACCAGUGAGUACACAGAUGGAUCACAGCAAAGACUAGUUGGAGAAAAAGAGAUACAAGCUCUAACAUCAGUUUCUGAUGACAUGGAAGUCCCCAAAGGGUCUGUGUUACAAGAGCUCUAUUGUUUAUCUAAAGACGAACCGAAUAGUGAAAUACAUUCACAAAGCUCAUAUGGUCAAAAGGAAAUGGGCCAAAAUCUAAGAGAGACAGUGUCCAAUUGUCUCAUUGAUGAUGAAUGCCCUUUACUGGUGCCAGCUUUUGAAAAAAGUAAAGCCAAAGUGCUGGACUCAGAGCAUGAAGUCACUGUGGCUGAAUAUCCAAAAAUUGCUUCUAAGGAGAAGGAUUUGGAAACCCAAAAUAGUACCGUAGAACUGACACCAAGUUGCUCACCAGGACAAAAGACAGUUUCAUUAUUUGAAAUGAAUUGGGAUGCAAAUGAAAUGAUUAUGAGCGCAAAUAACAGAGCUUGUGUGUCAACACCCAUCCUAGAUCCCAGAGGUGUAAGCUUUGCAUUUUCACCGAUCAAGCUGACCAAGAGCUGUAAUAAAGUGGAAAAGAAUAAUCAAGAGCUUAAAAAUGUACUCAACUUGAGGGGGACACCUAUGAGCUUAGCUAAGCCUAGUCUAGGAAAAUCAGCAAAUAAAACAAAUGCCCCUGUAGGCAGCAAGUUUAGAAAAGCUGAAAUUAUAAGUUACCCAAGACCAAACUUCAAGAAUGUCAAAGCGAAAGUUAUGUCUAGACCAGUGUUGCAGCCCAAAGAACCUGCUUUAUCUAAGGUCACACCCAAGCCUCAGUUGACCAGUGCUGCCCCAUCCUCCUCAUCAGUGUCUUCCUCAAGGCAGUUGACAGUUUUGAGCAAAACACCAAGAUCUGACUUGAAUGCAGACACAAAAGCAGAAAUCCUAAUUAACAAGACACACAAGCAGCAGUUUAAUAAACUCAUCACUGGCCAGGCUGUGCAUGUUACAACUCAUUCUAAAAAUGCCUCACACAGGGUUCCAAGAACAACAUCUGCCAUGAAAUCGAAUCAGGAAGAUGUUGACAAAACAAGUUCUCAUCCAGUAUGUGAGACUGAGUCUGUAGAUGCAUUUUUUCAGAAGAUCAAAGGCAUACUGCCUGUUAAAAUGGAAAGUACGGAAUGUUUGGGAAUGACGUAUACUUCUCACAUCGAUAGGACCCGCCCCGAAAGGAAGGGUGAAAAAGAAAACGAGAUACCUAUGGAAAAACAAGAGCUGAAAAAGGAAGUUAUGAAUGAGAGCUUUGAAUACGGUUCUCUGUUUCUGGAUUCCUCUUCAGAAGCUACCACUGCCUCAGGUAGGAAUACAUCCAAGCCUGACUCUUGUAGUUUGCGGAAAACACCAUGUCCAAAAGCCAAAGUGGGGCCUAUUGUUUCCUGUCUGAGGCGGAACAGUGACAGUAGAAACCUCAGUUCUGAUCGAACCAUAUCUCCUCAGAGGAUCAGGCGUGUGUCCAGCUCUGGAAAAGCUGCAUCCUUGAAAAGUUCACAGCCAUCAUGGGUGAAUUUGCCUAGGUCACUUCCUCAGUCCAAAGGCUCUUUGAAAAGCCCCGCGCUGCAGAGAACAGGAAGCACCCCCUCAGUUGGCAGCACCCACAGCGAUCCAAGCACCUACAGCAGUAAUGCUGGUAAUGCUGCUGCCGUCAAGCACGAGGGGAACCCCUCCAAACCAGCAUUUCAGAAUGGCUCAGGAUCCUUUCGUUUGAAGACUUUGGCACCCAGAGCUCAUGUACACUUGCUAAAAACUCCUCCAAAAGGCCCUUCAAGGAAAAGUAUAUUUACAACUUUCAAUGCAGUUGAAAAGGGCAGGCAAAAGAAUCCUAGAAGUCUAUGCAUCCAGACACAGACGUCUCCAGAUGUGCUGUCCUCUGAAAAAGCACUUGAGUUGGCUCAGUAUAAAACAAAAUGUGAAAGCCAAAGUGGAUUUAUCCUGCAGCUCAAGCAGCUUCUCUCCCAUGGCAAUAUCAAGCUUGAAGCAUUAACAGUUGUGAUUCAGCACCUGCUGUCUGAGCGGGAAGAAGCACUGAAACAACACAAAACCCUAUCUCAAGAACUUGUUAACCUCCGGGGAGAGCUAGUUGCUGCUUCAACUACCUGUGAGAAGUUAGAAAAAGCCAGGAAUGAGUUGCAAAUAGCAUAUGAAGCGUUUGUCCAGAAGUUAAACGAGCAGCACCAGACGGACCGAACGGAGCUGGAGAGUCGGCUUAAGGAAUUCUACACGGGGGAGUGUGAAAAGCUGCAGAACAUCUACAUUGAAGAAGCAGAGAAGUAUAAAGCUCAAUUGCAAGAGCAGUUUGACAACUUAAAUGCUGCCCAUGAAACUUCUAAGUUGGAAACUGAAGCUAGCCACUCUGAGAAAAUAGAACUGCUAAAGCAAGCGUAUGAAACCUCCCUUUCAGAAAUCAAGAAAAGCCAUGAAAUGGAAAAGAAAUCACUUGAGACUUUACUUUAUGAGAAGCAGGAAUCAUUAGAGAAACAAAUCAGUGAUCUGAAGAGUGAAAAUGAUACUUUAAAUGAAAAGCUGAAAUCGGAAGAACAAAAAAGAAUAUCAAGAGAGAAGGCAAAUGUAAAAAACCCUCAGCUCAUGUAUCUGGAACAAGAGCUGGAAAGCCUGAAGGCCGUGCUAGAGAUCAAGAAUGAGAAACUGCACCAGCAGGAUGUCAAGUUAAUGAAAAUGGAAAAGCUGGUGGACAACAACACAGCGCUCGUUGACAAAUUGAAGCGAUUCCAGCAGGAGAACGAGGAGUUAAAAGCUCGGAUGGACAAGCACAUGGCAAUUUCAAGGCAACUUUCCACGGAGCAGGCUGUGCUGCAGGAGUCGCUGGAGAAGGAGUCAAAGGUCAACAAGCGACUCUCUAUGGAGAAUGAGGAGCUGCUGUGGAAGCUGCACAAUGGGGACCUGUGCAGCCCCAAGAGGUCGCCCACGUCCUCAGCCGUCCCCUUUCAGUCACCCAGGAACUCGGGCUCCUUCCCCAGCCCUAGUGUCUCACCCAGAUGACGCUUCCUGGAAGCCGUGAGACUCUGAGGGCAGCUGGGCGCAGCUCUGCAGACCGGGCCUAACAGUUAUCAUGGGAGCAGGAGCUACGUUAGCUUGCGCGGGAUUUCUGCAGGAUAACUGGAAAGCAGCAGCCACCAAAACCGGCUGCUUAGGAGACUGGAACUCUGGAGGAAGACUUUUGACUUGGUCCAAAAGAUCCCUCUAAAAAAGAGUUCAGAAUUGACAUGGAACUUGUUGCACAAAGCACUUAAGGAAUGAGAGAAUCUUGUUCAUUGCCUUUUUCACCUAAGCUUAAGGGGAAAAACUCUCAGGGCCCUAUUAAGAUAAAGAUUUAUAGCCUUUAUAACAUUCUUCACCACAGACACCUUCUUGUGAUUUUUGUUUUGAUCUGACUAUGGGUGGGGUGCAUGAAUGGCGUGGAUGUGAGGCGGUGUCAUAUGUCUCGAGCAGCCUUCUUUACCGCAGGAUGAAAGUCCAAAGCUCAGUAUAGCUGGGUGGAUACUAAACCAGAGCACAGUCAGUGUGCACACUGCUCCAGAAGCCAUAGAAGAAAAAGCAGCAGUUGCUUGAAUUAUAAUUCUCUACCACCAGCGCUACUCAGCUCUGUGACAUAGUGGAGAGGGUCUGAUAAGAGCAGCUUUGACUUGUCAAUGUCGAUAUAUUUUCUAUAUCUUUUUGGAGUAACUUGUUGGGAGCUUUUCAGUGUUCACCCUCAUCAGUUUAAACUAGCUACACUUUCUGUGGGUUACAUAACCCUGACACUAUAUACUAAGAUCCAUUAGCUGAGGCUCUGAGGAAAUAUAGAACCCUAAUAUUUUUUAAAAAUCUGUAUAAAGAAAAGGGGCAGUGCCAGUGGAUUGUUCUGCCUUAUUUUUCACCUUGAGCUAAACUGUCCUUACAGAUUUAAGUGCUUAUCUUUUCUCCCAUUAUCCUUAUUUCUCCCUCUCCUUUCUCUACUAUCCAGAGCCACAAAACCUUCUACCUCCUAUCUAUGCCUCUCCAGAGCUAGUUUACUUACAAGGUGCUGAACUCAUUUUCCAAAUAAACUAAGGCCUGGAUCUGAUACACAAAUUUUGGAAACCCUUACAUAAAAUAAUGAGAAAGAGGAAGUUAUUGGCUAGAACUAAGAAAGAUAGGAUUCAGCACUUACUGAUAAGUAGAAGCACCUCGAUUGAGCCAAUAAUGCUGUGUUUAAUAGAAUAACAUAGCCUGGGAAGAUGGUGCUAGUACCCUUUGAAUACUCCUUUCUUUAGAAAAGAAUAGCAGAAUAGCCAUCAGACAAGUAGGAAAUGUGGCUUGACAACUCUCCAAGUUACAUUUGAACUUCUUUCAGAAUUUCCCUUAUCACCACCCCCAGUUUAAAACUCUGUGGAAGCUAGGAGGACAGCUGUGGCUUUUCCUCCCCUCCUUGCAUGUGUCAGUCUUGUGAUGUCAGUAUUUACUAAUCUCCACUGGAUGGCUGUGCAAAUAGCCCGUAUAGUAAGAACAGAUUAGGAAACUAGAUGUGGGUAUUUGAGUCAUCAGCUACGUGUACAUUACAUAGCCAACUGAUACUCAUCAUGCAUGUUUAUUAGUGAUUGUGUUGGGUGUCUUUAACCUCCGGUAGUUUAUUACAUAUGUAACCUUCGAUGUUCACUUCUGAUAAGUGGGGACAUAGAUUCACUGUCAGCUCCUGGAACAUCUCUGCUCUCACUUCUAUGUUGUUCUCCGUGACAUUAGCCAAAGUUGGGUUUGCCAUUCAUCCCCUAUGCAUGGUAAUCUCAUGCUAUUCCCUGCUCUUCUCCAUACCAUUUAGGUGUCUGGGAAAUCAACCUUACAGCAAGUAGUAAAAAUGUCCUCAGAGGAUGGGAGACAGCAAAAAAGAUAGGGAACACAAUAGAGAAUUUUUGAGAUUUGUUUAAACCAAAUGUUUCACGCGGGAUGCAAAAUGUUGGCACGUCCUAAAAAUAUAGAUGUGUAAACAGUGGUAGCUGUGCUGUUCAUAGUGAUGGAAAGUGUAUUUUAUUUUGAUCAAAUAAAUAAUGCUGGAAUAUUCAAUGUAAGGAUUGUAGCCUCUGACCUGUUUCACUUUUCAAAGUGUCACUCAGUGUAUGGCCGCAUAGUUAAGAUCAUGUCUAAGUCAUUUCACAGGAAUUUCCAGUGGAAACCACAGGAUUUGUCAUGGGCUGAAAUCUGGCUCCCAGAGCUAGCGUUGGAGCUGAGCUUUUUAAAAUUUAAAGAUGUGUAUUUGAGAAAUAAAUUUUGGCUGGUUUUAAGAAA